UUAGGUGAAGGGGGGACUGGUGUUGCAAAAGCCCAGACCUCAGCACCUCCCAUCCAAAAUGUAUCGUCCAUAUUGACUGCUUGUGCAGCAACAGCUAUAUUAACAACCGUCCUAUUUACAAUUGUGUGUGUGACCUACCAGACACGGUCUUCACUCCGGAAAACAUGCAAACGUUGUUUAUCACCAGUCAGUAACGGUCACCGUGACAGUGAUGCAGCUUCGGUUCCAAUGACAACCCUGCACACAGUGAUGCAGGACGCAGAAGUGGACACAUCAAAUCCUUGCCUGCUAUUGAAGCACCCCUGCACGCUUAAUGACAUCACCACCACGAUUACCUCUAAUCUUGGCCUGCAUAGGUGUGAGGUUCUUCCUCUGAUGCGAAGUUCUGCCUGCACAGAUCCUGGAACGGGAGUCAUCAUGCAGGCAACAGAAACACCUGAAGUUUCUUCUUCAGACUCCUCCCUCUCCAGCCAGCAUGUCAUUCUCACUCUGGUAGGAGGACAGUCUGCAGUGAGGCCCUGCUGUGCCGUAGAGCAGCAAACAGCCUGGGGGCUUCAUGCUCCUGUAGAGUGCACUGAACUGGACCUUCAGUAUCUCUCCAAUGCCCCAGAGCUCCAGACAUUCAGACCUUCAGACUUCAUAGCCAGAAAUAUCCCACAGUGCCCUCAGGCCUGAUUCUGCAGGACCUGGAGAGAAGAGAGCAAGAAGAGAAAGUGGAAAAGGAGACUGUUAACGUGAAAAGAGAUCACAGCUGCAAACGUACGAUUAUGGUAAUGAGACACUUAAAGAAUCAACAUACACACUCAAUACAUAUAUAUUUAUAUAUAUAAUGUGAAGUUCAUUGAAAUAAGUGUGCUACUGUAGUUGUUUGAGGUUUCUGCAAUGUGAGAAACAGGUGCUUAUUAGCACAAAAGGACAUUAACAGGAGAGAGGCAGAGAAAAAAAGAUCUUCAUAUGCCUAUAAAGUCGCAAUUAACAGAAGUAGCAACAGAUGUUUUCUUCAGUAUUUUGAUGUACAUCUGAGUGAACUGGAUUAUCAAAGAAGGAAAAAAAUGUAGAGUGGGACUUAGUUCUAUCCAUUGGUUGUUGAUUGCUUGUUGAUCAUUCACAAGAUCAAUAGCAUAUUUAAACAUUUUGAUUUAAUUCCAACUUUAAUUGAACACAUCACCCAUUUACAUUUAGCGAAUAGUUCACACAAAAUUAAAAUUCUGUCAGUAUUUACUCACUCUUUUGUCAAUCCAAACCUAUAAGCUAUUAUAAUUAUAAUGUCAGAAUUUUAAUUGAGAAAGAACU